AUGUGGGGUGGUAGUACUGUUUUCUGUACGAAACGUGGCGGUCCCGCUCACGAUCAGCCUGGACCGUGCUGGACCCUAAGACCGUUAGCAUCUUCUGAGAAAAGCACGACACCUGCAUAUCCAAAUUGGCGGUUCCAAGUCCUCAAGGGUUCGUCGCUUCGCGGGCGAUCUGAACUUCCCGUCCGUUCCCCGUCUGGGCCAUUCUAG